AUGGCCAUGUCCCAGGAAUCAUUGACCUUCAGGGACGUGUUUGUGGACUUCACCUUGGAGGAGUGGCAGCAACUGGACUUUACUCAGAAGAACCUCUACAGGAAUGUCAUGCUGGAGAACUACAGCCACCUGGUCUCUGUGGGAUACCUGGUGACUAAACCAGAUGUGAUCUUCAGGUUUGGACAAGGAGAGGAGGCCAGGAGGGCAGAUGGAGAACCCAUAAUGCAGAACUGUCCAGUGAGAUCAUGUGAAUUCUGGCAAAUUGAUGACCAGAGAGAUAACCACAAAGAAAGCCAAGAUAAAUCUCUUGGGCAAGCUACAUUUAUAGACAAGGAAGCACUGAAGGAUGAAAGUGACCAAGAAAUAAGAACAUGCAGAAAAAUUAUUUAUCCCAGCACAGACUUUGUUUCUAUAAGACAAAGACUCCUUAAACAUUAUUCAUGGGAAAGAUGUUCAAAACAUAAUUUAAACUUCCUUAGUCAAAAAAGAAGCUAUGUAAGAAAGAAAUAUGAUGAAUGUCAGGCAUAUUGGAAAUUAUUUUUCCAUUCUAAUCUUGAUAGAGCUCAACCUGGAGAGAAAUUAUAUGAACCUAAUCAACGUGGAAAAGCCCUCCACCAUAAGCAAGCCCUUAAAAGUCAGAGAAUUCAAACUGGGGAGAAACUUUAUGAAUGUUCUAAUUGUGGAAAAGCAUUUAUCCAGAAAGCAAACCUUGUUGUACAUCAGAGAACUCACACCGGAGAGAAACCUUAUGAAUGCUGUGAAUGUGAAAAAGCCUUCAGCCAGAAGUCAACCCCCAUUGCACACCAGAGAACUCAUACGGGGGAGAAACCCUAUAAAUGCAGUGAAUGUGGGAAAACCUUUAUCCAGAAGUCAACUCUGAUUAAACAUCAAUGAACUCAUACAGGAGAGAAACCAUUUGGAUGUGGUAAAUAUGCAAAAGCUUUUAAGAGUUCAUUUCACCUUAUUAGACAUGAAAAAACAUAAGUCAGACAAGCAUUUUAUGAAGGUAUCAAAUGUGGUAAGUCCAGCCUUAUGAAUCAAAGGACUCAUAUGAGUGAGAAACCUGAGUGCAGUAAACAUGGGAAAGCCUUUUAUGAGAAUCCCACCCCCAUUAAACAUCAGAGAAUACAUACAAAAGAGAAACCUUAUGAGUGCAGUGAAUGUGGAAAAAGCUUCAGGGGAAAGUCACACCUCUCUGUUCAUCAGAGAAUUCACACAGGAGAAAAACCCUAUGAAUGUAGCAUGUGUGGGAAGACUUUCAGUGGAAAAUCACACCUCUCUGUCCAUCACAGAAUUCACACAGGAGAGAAACCUUAUGAAUGCAGAAGAUGUGGGAAAGCCUUUGGUGAUAAAUCAACCCUUAUUGUACAUCAGAGAACUCAUACAGGAGAAAAACCCUAUAAAUGCAAUGAAUGUGGGAAAGCCUUUAGUGAGAAGUCACCACUGAUUAAACAUCAGAGAAUUCAUACAGGAGAGAGACCCUAUGAAUGCAGUGACUAUAGGAAAGCCUUCAGUAGGAAGUCAACUCUUAUUAAACAUCAAAGAACUCAUACAGGGGAAAAACCCUAUGAGUGUAGCGAAUGUGGGAAAGCCUUCAGUGUAAAAUCAACUCUCACUGUACAUCAUAGAACUCAUACAGGAGAGAAACCCUAUGAAUGCAAAGAGUAUGGCAAAGCCUUCAGUGGGAAGUCAACUCUCAUUAAACAUCAGAGAAGUCAUUCAGGAGAUAAAACCAUCUAA